AUCACAAUCCAUUGGAUCUUCACUUGGCGUGGAAUCUUCAAAUCGAAUCAAAACCCUUAACUUUCAAACCAAAAUGAAGGUCUUUGUCUGCUUGUUGGCUUCCCUGGCUCUGGCCAAUGCUGGCGGUCUGCGCGGCGGAGCCGGUGGCGGCGCUGGAGGCUACCUGCCCGGCGGAGGACGCGGCGGUGGCGGUCGUCCUGCCAUCGGCGCCGGCCUGAUCUCCCACGUCUCCCAGUCGCGGGGCAACACCAAGGUCCACAUUGGCGGCGGAGCAGCCGGAGGAGCUGGAGGCUUUGGAGGCGCAGGCGCUGCCUAUGGGGCUGGAGCUGGAGCUGGCUACGGCGGUGGUGCUGCCUCCUACGGCGGUGGUGGCGCCUCCUAUGGAGGUGGAGCUGCCUCCUAUGGCGGCGGUGCUGGCGGCGCUUAUGGCGGUGGACGCGGAGGCGGUGCUGGCGGCUGGCAGGGAUCUGGAGCCGGUGGACGUGGAGCCGGUGCUGGUGGCUGGCAGGGGGGUGCCGGUGGAGCUGGAGCUGGCAACGCCUGGGGCAACCCCGCCGAGUUCGACUACACUGUGAACCACGCCUCUAGCGCUGGAGGAGCUGGUGGAGCCUAUGGAGGAGCUGGUGGAGCCUAUGGCGGAGCCGGUGGUGCCUUUGGAGGACGUGGAGGUUCUGGCGGUGCUCCCUACCUGGGUGGUGGAGCAGGUGCUGGUGGCUCCCGAGGUGGUGCUGGCUGGUGGAACGAUUAGAUCCCCAGACCCCGACAAAAACUCUUUGAAACCGUGAUCGAAAAAUAAAAUUUAAACCUUACAAGAAAACAA